CCGCGCCGCCUUUUUCCCCGGCUGGUCGCCAUCUUGUUGUUGAUUUGAACUGGUCCGGAGCGCGUGAGAGGAGCCGGGUCUGCGAGGAAACACCCGCGGGCAACCGCCCCCCAAAUCCCAGACGGGAGGAGUGCCCGGGGAGGCGGUGACAGCUCCAAGGAUUGAUCCCAGCGUCCCGGAGUCACCGUCCACGUUUCUCUGCUCCCAAGUGCUGCUGUCCGGCCCCCGCGCCCCUCUCCAUGCCCCCGCCGAGCACCGGGCGUUUAACGCAAUGUGUGUUUGUCAAACCAUGGAAGUGGGGAAGUGCGUCAAGAGCACAGUGUGCGACAGGGGCCGGGGGGUCCUGCUGGAGCCGUUCAUCCAUCAGGUGGGGGGACACAGCAGCAUGAUGCGGUAUGAUGACCACACCGUGUGUAAACCCCUCAUCGCCCGGGAGCAGCGCUUCUAUGAGUCCCUUCCGCCGGACAUGAAGGAAUUUACUCCGGAUUAUAAAGGUGUAGUGUCCGUCAGCUUUGAAGGUGACAGCGAUGGUUAUAUAAACCUUGUAGCAUACCCCUAUGUGGAGAGUGAGUCCGUGGAUCAUGAGGAACUCCCUGAAAGGGACCAUCCAAGACGCAAGCAUUCACGCCGUGGACUGCACCGCACUAAUAGCACGCCCACUAGCGCUGAUCACAAGGAGGAACGGCCCGCUCUGACCAGGGAGAAUUCUGACAGUGUCCCAGAGAUGAACAGCCCCAAGAUGGAACUUUUGAUGCAGUCUGAGGUUCCCUAUCAGAUGCUGGAUGGGAACAACGGGAUGAGCUCUGAGCAGAUUAGCUACAAUCCCUGGAGCCUGCGCUGCCACAAGCAGCAACUCAACCGUAUGCGCUCAGAAUCCAAGGAACGCAAGUUGUACAAAUUCCUGCUGCUCGAGAACGUGGUCCAUCAUUUCCAGUUCCCGUGUGUGCUGGACCUGAAGAUGGGGACACGGCAGCAUGGCGACGACGCAUCCGAGGAGAAGGCUGCCCGACAGAUGAAGAAGUGCCAGCAGAGUACGUCGGCCACCUUGGGUGUGAGAGUGUGCGGCAUGCAGGUCUUCCAGAUGAACACAGGACAUUACCUCUGUUUAAAUAAGUACUAUGGACGUGGGCUGACGGCGGAGGGCUUCAGACAGACCUUGUACCAGUAUCUACAUAACGGAGCGCACCUGCGUAUGGACCUGUUUGAGCCUAUCCUGGAUAAACUGCGUCGCCUGAUAUCUGUGCUGGAAAUUCAGGCAUCUUACCGCUUCUAUUCCAGUUCUCUCCUCAUCAUCUAUGAUGGAAUGGACCGCCCCAGGGACCCCCUCGUCCAGGAGCCCCCACCCCAGGUAGACGUACGCAUGAUUGACUUUGCACACAGCACGUAUAAAGGCUUCCGUGAUGAUCCUACGGUGCAUGAUGGUCCGGAUAAGGGUUAUGUGCUUGGCCUGCGCAGUCUGGUCAGAAUCCUGGAGCUUAUUCGAGAAGAGCACCAGUAAUGUGUGGAGAGUUCCUAUUUCCCUCUCGGCCUCUGGUUCUGUCCGCCUGUGGGAUGAGAAGCGCACUGGAAUGUGAGCCAGAGUGGAACGCCACCUCCCCGUACACCCGUCUCACAAUAUAAGCCGUGAUGUAUAUUUUUGUCCUAUUGGCGGAGCUGCCUCUUAUUUCCUGUUGUGGAUCAUCUGACGUUUCCCAAGAAAUGAGAGACUUGGCUUUGCUCCCGCAGCCAAAUGUUCUUCCAGAGCUCAGCUGAGAGAUACUCCUGGUUUAUAGACACAAUUGCUGCUCUGAAGAAACACAAAACUUUUUCCUUUUUUGGGCAAUUUAUUCUUCACUUAACUGAAACCAGAGAAACGCGCAGCUUUGUUGACAGGGAGUCAAUAUAGCCAUUUCCUGCCACACAGGAAGUGACAUCAUUGCUUUCGUGUGACCAUUUCCUGCCACACAGGAAGUGACGUUGCCUUUGUGUGACCAUUUCCUGCCACACAGGAAGUGACCUUGUUGCUUCUGUGUGACCAUUUCCUGCUACACAGGAAGUGACGUUGCCUUUGUGUGACCGUUUCCUGCCACACAGGAAGUGACGUUGUUGCUUCUGUGUGACCAUUUCCUGCCGUGCAUCAAUAUUGGAUGAUCUUUUACUCUGUGCUACGAGAUAAAUCUGUACUAGUGGCCUCAUUCCGAAUCCACGAAAUGUAUAUAUUUAUAUUCCUAUAUACAUAUACAGAGACCCAUGAGUAUAUAUAUAUAUAUCAGAUGAAUCUAUAUAUUAGAGCUAUAUUAUUCACUCCUGUCUGUGUGCAUUGUCCGCCUUCUCUGCUCGGAAGAGAUGGGAGUUAUAUAUUAUUAUUUUUAUGCAUUGCGUGUCUUGCGGUCUUGUCUACAAUGCACAGAGAGACGGGGUUACCCCUCAGUGUUCAUUGUAGAUGAUCUUGAAAUGGCCUUUUCUGAAGUAGCGGCAGAAGUUCUACAUCGCAGUGUAGCAUGUGUGUAUGAGACGGGGGAUCGCUCCUCUCCACUAAAUACCAACAUUAUUUAUAUUUUAUUUUGUUAAAUAUGUUGAUGUUCGGAUUGGGGGGAGGGGUGUAUUUGCAUUUAUUAUAUCUUGAGCACUUGUGGCACAUAGUCAUCCCCUCCCCCCAUGCGCCUACAUUUGGGCUGUAGCUCCAGGAAGUGACAUCACAUCGCAGCUGACAAUUCCCUUCGGUUGCAGGUGACGCUCUUUUAGUUGUGUUUUGUAUCUUUUUAUUUUCAUCUUUGCCGCAAGUGGAUCCCCUACAUUUCCAUUGGUGAACACGUUGCAUAUACACAGUGGAAUCCCCCACUAGGCAUUUGGGUCACAGUGUACCUCAUUGUCAGACUGGGCCCCCUGUGUGCUGCGUAGUACAUGUGGGCCAUCUGAACUGUCCUCCUGUGUGCUGCGCGGUACACGUGGGCCAUCUGUACUGUCCUCCUGUGUGCUGCGCGGUACACGUGGGCCAUCUGUACUGUCCUCCUGUGUGCUGCGCGGUACACGUGGGCCAUCUGUACUGCCCUCCUGUGUGCUGCGCGGUACACGUGGGCCAUCUGUACUGCCCUGCUGUGUGCUGCGCGGUACACGUGGGCCAUCUGUACUGCCCUCCUGUGUGCUGCGCGGUACACGUGGGCCAUCUGCACUGCCCUCCUGUGUGCUGCGCGGUACACGUGGGCCAUCUGCACUGCCCUCCUGUGUGCUGCGCGGGACACGUGGGCCAUCUGUACUGCCCUCCUGUGUGCUGCGCGGUACACGUGGGCCAUCUGUACUGCGCUCCCGUGCUGCCCUCCUGUGUGCUGCGCGGUACACGUGGGCCAUCUGUACUGUGCUCCUGUGUGCUGCGUGGAACACGUGGGCCAUCUGUACUGCGCUCCUUUGCUGUCCUCCUGUGUGCUGCGCGGUACACGUGGGCCAUCUGUACUGCGCUCCUUUGCUGUCCUCCUGUGUGCUGCGCGGUACACGUGGGCCAUCUGUACUGCGCUCCCGUGCUGCCCUCCUGUGUGCUGCGUGGUACACGUGGGCCAUCUGUACUGCGCUCCUUUGCAGCCCUCCUGUGUGCUGCGUGGUACACGUGGGUCAUAUGUGCCGCCCUCUUGUGUGCUGCGCGGUACACGUGGGCCAUCUGUACUGCGCUCCUUUGCUGUCCUCCUGUGUGCUGCGUGGUACACGUGGGCCAUCUGUACUGCGCUCAUGUGCCGCCCUCUUGUGUGCUGCGCGGUACACGUGGGCCAUCUGUACUGCGCUCCUUUGCUGUCCUCCUGUGUGCUGCGCGGUACACGUGGGCCAUCUGUACUGUGCUCCCGUGCUGCCCUCCUGUGUGCUGCGUGGUACACGUGGGCCAUCUGUACUGCGCUCCUUUGCUGUCCUCCUGUGUGCGGCGCGGUACACGUGGGCCAUCUGUACUGCGCUCCUUUGUUGUCCUGUGUGCUGCGCGGUACACGUGGGCCAUCUGUACUGCGCUCCCGUGCUGCCCUCCUGUGUGCUGCGUGGUACACGUGGGCCAUCUGUACUGCGCUCAUGUGCCGCCCUCCUGUGUGCUGUGCGGUACACGUGGGCCAUCUGUACAGCGCUCCCAUACUGCCACAUUGGCAAUGUGGUCAAACCAAAGGGAAAGCAAAUGUUUGUAAGUGUUGGAUGCUAGAGACGUAAUCCAUGGUCUGUCCAUAAAAGCGUCAGAGGGAACUGCAAUAUAGGAUCAUUUUGUAUUUAUGCGCGGGCCGCGAUAUAUGUAAUUAUCUAUGUAUGCACCACCCUGUACGCAGGCUGCAAUGUAGACUUAUUAUAUACUGGCAUCAUGCACGGGCUGUAAUAUAGAAUUACAGUGCCAUGCUAAAGUAUUCGCCCCCCCCUUUGCAUUUUUCAUGUUUUGUUGCCUCACAAUCUGGAAUUACAUUGGAUUGUUUGAAGGUUUUACAUCAUCUCAUUCACAGAACACGGCUACAACUUUGAAGAUGUGUUUUUGUUUUGUUUUUUAUUGUGAAUAAACAAAUAGGACAAAAUAACAGAAA